AUGCCAGCCGCUAGUGACGCGGAAACGAUCCGCAUUCUUGUCUCGACCGAUAACCAUGUCGGGUACAAUGAACGAGACCCCAUCCGGGGGGACGAUAGCUGGAAGAGCUUCCAUGAGGUGAUGUGUCUAGCGAAGGAGCAAGACGUCGACAUGGUUCUCCUGGCCGGCGACCUCUUCCAUGAAAACAAACCGUCGCGGAAAUCCAUGUACCAGGUCAUGCGAUCGAUACGCAUGAACUGUCUUGGAGACAAACCGUGUGAGCUGGAAAUGCUCAGCGACGCCAGUGAGAACUUCCAGGGCGCCUUCAACCAUGUCAACUACGAGGACCUCGAUAUCAACGUGGCAAUUCCCAUCUUCUCUAUACAUGGGAACCACGACGACCCAUCGGGCGAAGGUCAUCUGGCUGCGUUGGAUUUACUCCAGGUGUCCGGACUGAUCAACUACUACGGCCGUACGCCAGAGUCCGACAACAUCCAGGUCAAGCCGGUCUUACUGCAGAAGGGUCGGACCAAGCUAGCUCUGUACGGGAUGAGCAACGUGCGCGAUGAGCGGCUCUUUCGCACAUUCCGCGACGGCAAAGUGAAAUUCUACCAGCCAUCGAUCCAAAAGAACGAUUGGUUCAAUUUGAUGUCUGUCCAUCAGAAUCAUCACGCCUAUACAGAGACGGGAUAUCUCCCGGAGAACUUCCUCCCCGAGUUCCUCGAUCUGGUCAUCUGGGGUCACGAGCAUGAAUGCUUGAUCAACCCCAAGCUCAACCCGGAGACCAAAUUCCACGUCAUGCAGCCGGGCUCCUCUGUAGCGACAUCCUUAGUGCCAGGAGAAGCCGUGGCGAAACACGUAGCGAUUUUGAGCAUCACCGGCCGCGAGUUCAAAUGCGAACCCAUCCGGCUGAAAUCCGUGCGUCCAUUCGUCAUGAAAGAGAUCGUCCUGUCCGAAGAGAAAGGCGCGCAGAAGCUCGCCCGAAAAGAGAACAACAGGACAGAGGUGACCCGGUUUCUCAUGGCCAUUGUGGAGGAGCUCAUAGAACAAGCAAAGGCCGAAUGGCUAGAGAUGCAAGAUGACACAGCGGAGGACGAGGAACUGGAGGUGCCACUUCCUCUUGUGCGACUGCGCGUGGAAAUCUCCACGCCAGAGGGCGGCAGCUAUGACUGCGAGAACCCCCAGCGCUUCUCGAAUCGCUUCGUCGGAAAGGUAGCGAAUGUGAACGACGUCGUGCAGUUCUACCGCAAAAAGAAAAGCGCCACCACCCGCAAGAAAGAUGACGAUGUCGACGAAUCUGCAAUGUCGCACCUAUCUACCCUGGACACUGUCAAAGUGGAACAACUGGUCCGGGAGUUUCUCGCCGCACAAUCUCUCACGAUUCUCCCGCAGAAUUCGUUCGGCGACGCCGUGGCCCAGUUCAUCGACAAGGACGACAAGCACGCGAUGGAGAUGUUUGUCAACGAGUCGCUUGAGAGCCAGAUCAAGCACCUGAUGGACCUGGAUCGCGACAGCGACGACGCGGACGAGGAGGAAGCGGCCCAAAGCUCGCUCCAGCAGGCCAUGGAGAAAUACCGCGGGCAGAUGGAAGACAUGUUUUCGCGCGGGGUCAAGAGACGGGCCCGCGGCAAGAAGCGCUUCAAGCCGAAACCAGAUGGCUGGGACAGUGAAUUCGAUGGGCCUUGGGAGGAUCAGCCCGGGGCACUUAUCCACUCGGACAAUGAAGGCGGUGAUCCUGUCGAGGAGGAAGCGGCCGAGGACGGUACUGAAGCAGCCAGAGGGACAUCCACAAGGGGUCGAGGACGGGGCCGUGGCCGAGGUGGAAGAGCUGCCGCUUCUACUAGCACCCGCACAACUACCACAGCGAAGACGACGGCCACGAAGAAAACCGCGCCAGCGAGGGCAACCAAGGGCCGUAGCCGCCGGACGGUAUCGGACGAUGAGGACGAGAACGAUGUUAUCAUGCUUGACGACUCAGAUGACGACGUCGGAGCGAACCAGGGUCUGUCUGACAUUGACGAGGACGAUGAUGAUUCCCAAGCUCUUUUUGUGAAGCAACCUACUACGCGGACUCGGAAGGCCGCCCACUCAACAGCGAGCAGCAGGCGUCGAUCAGGGCGGAGCGCAGUCUCGCCGGCGCCUUCGUCCAAUACGGUAGGAGGCACGGCUCCGCGUAGAUCGACUGCAACGGCGCGGGCGAGACAGACCCAAACCACGCUCAACUUUACCGGAUCUCAAGCAAGCGCGCGAGGCAGUGCCGCAAGCUCUGCCAAACGACCUAGUCGCACCACCCGAAGCACUAGUGUUCUCAGCGAGGACGUCGAUGACGAUAGCGAUGCGUUUGAGGCCAUGCCGAGCUCGAGGAGGUAG